AAAUCAAGAAGAAGAAGUAGAAGAGGGCAUGGUGUAGCAAGAUGGCGUCCAGUGACUUAAGUUUUCGGGCAAAUCAGCAAUCCAGUAAAUGAAUAGAGAUCAGUGCCGAAAACGCACAAACGCCCGAUGGCGCCCGCGCGUAAAAGGCCGGCUCAGCCAGAGUCGGAGCCGGAGCGGAGCAGCAAGAAGAGGAAACUGCGAGGUCUACAGAACAGUCGGGAGGAAGGGGUCAGGAUGAAUAAGAAGCUGCUGGUGGACGUGGACUGCGGCGUGGAUGACGCCCAGGCCAUCAUGCUGGCGCUGGCCGCCCCCGGAGUGGAGCUCCUGGGCAUCACCUGCGUGCACGGCAACACCACGGUGGAGAACGUGUGCAGGAACGUGCUGCGGGUUCUGCAGGUCUGCAAUAAGCUGGAGAUUCCGGUGUUUAAAGGCGCCGGUGUGCCUAUCCUCGGGACCGUCAUCAGCGCGGGGAGCUUCCACGGUCAGGACGGUCUCGGAGACGCCCCCGACCCACGCAGUCCCGGCCUGGACCUGGUUCAGAAGGAGCACGCCGUGUCGGCCAUAAUCAGGAUGGUCAAUGAGAAUCCUGGACAGGUGUCUCUGGUGGCCACGGCGCCCCUCACCAACCUGGCUCUGGCUGUGAGGAUGGAUCCGUCUCUGCCGCGUAAACUCAAAGGACUCUACAUCAUGGGAGGGAACACGGAGUCUCGAGGGAACAUCACAGCGUCCGCCGAGUAUAACUUUGCUGCCGACCCAGAGGCGGCGUACAUCGUGCUGAACGAUUACCUGUGUCAAACUUACCUGGCCUGCUGGGAGUUUACCUGCUACAACCAGCUCCCGUGGAGGUUCUGUGACGCCUGGUUGGAUCAGGACAGCGACAAAGCUCGCUUCAUGGCAAAGAUCUUCCGCCACAGCAUGGAGGAGGCCAAGAAGACCGACUGUCUGGGCCCAGACGGUUUCAUUUCCUGCGACUCGUACGCCAUGGCGGCCGCUGUGGACGACUCCUUCGUCACAGAGCGCGACCAUUAUCCAGUUACUGUUGAGCUGACGGGGACUCACACCAGAGGAAUGAUGGUCGUGGACACUUUGGGCGUACUGAAGAAGACACACAAGGCGUUUAUUAUGAAGAAGGUGGACAUGGAGAUGUUCGAAAACAUGAUGAAGGCAGCUUUGAAAUAACGACGGCUGGAAACGGUGCUGGUCAGACGGACAUCCCUGUUAGGGUGUCAGAUCUCAGCCAGCAUGCUGGGGAAAUCGGGUAACAUCAUUCAGUGGGCGAUCCGCCGCACAAACAAACACGAAUGCGGAUUUCUUUCACGUGACGUUUACUUUUAGAAGAGUUAUUAUUCGGAGAGUAGCACGGUAUUCUGUCACUAUAGGUCUGAGUAUGAAGCUUAGUGGAGGUGAAACGGUAGAAGUACCGGUAGGAGUGAUGAAGGGCUUCAGAAAGCUGGGCGUCCGCAUAGAGACAAAGAUUUUGUCGGUACGGUGGUGUGACAUCCAGCUGCUAGCAGCGGUCAGCAGCUCUACGCACGCGUGUUAGGCAGCAUCGCCAAGGUAAUGGUGUGAAAACACGCUCGGGUUCACAUUCUUGUGAUGCGACUGAGAGGGGAGAUAUUUACGACACA